UCACUCACACACAGGCUGAGAGAGACGAGACUUCAGCCGCCAUUGCGCUGGUGGUUUCUGAGUCUCUCAGCAGCGCCAAACUGAAUAAAAGCACGAUACCCACACAUCCACUUUAAACGAGAUUAAACACCAUCUAGAGCAGCGAGACAUCUUUGUGAGAUGGUCAAGCAAUGGAUCUCCAGCCUCUGCAAACAUAUCCUUGGUCUCCGUUUGGAUGACAUCGUGUGUUUACCAUGAACACCAGCAGCAAUGAAAGCUUACUGGGGAACGCCACAGACGUUAGAGACCGCAGCGCCUGGAUCGGGGAGUCUGUCGUCAUAUUAGCCAUUGCCUUAUUUGUCUGUCUGGGCAAUCUGCUCGUUGUGUUGACCCUUUAUCGGAAGCCCUACCUCUUAACGCCGAGCAAUAAGUUUGUCUUCAGCCUGACGCUUUCCAACCUCCUUUUGUCGCUACUGGUGCUACCAUUUGUCAUUGCCAGCUCUCUCAAUGGAGAAUGGCUGUUCGGCGUCGUAUGGUGCAACUUCACUGCACUGUUGUACCUGCUCAUCAGCUCUGCCAGCAUGCUCACGCUGGGAGCCAUUGCCAUCGACAGGUAUUACGCUGUGCUGUUCCCAAUGGUGUACCCUAUCAAGAUCACAGGCAAUCGUGCGGCGGUGGCCAUCGUCUACUUGUGGCUGCACUCUCUGCUGGGCUGCGUGCCUCCUCUGUUUGGCUGGUCCACAUUUGAGUUUGACCGUGUGAAGAAGACCUGUACUGUGGCCUGGUAUCGUGACGUCAGCUACACCGCAUUCUGGGUUGCGUGGUGCUGCCUGAUUCCUCUGUUUGCCAUGCUGGUGUGCUACGGCCUCAUCUUCCGGGUGGCACGGUGCAAAGCUCGCAAGGUGCACUGCGGGACGGUUGUGGUAGUUCAGGAGCCAUCAUCCUCCAACAGGAACGGACGAAAGAACUCCACCGCCUCGGUUUCAUCUGUCGGGAGCCGAAGAGGUUCGAUCUACGCUGGAAGCCAGUGUAAAGCCCUGGUCACCAUUUUGGUGGUGGUUGGCACCUUCUUGAUGACGUGGGGGCCGUAUGUGAUAGUGAUCUGCACCGAGGCGGUAAGGGGGCGAGGAAGUGUGUCACCGGGACUGGAGACGAUUGUGACCUGGCUGUCGUUCGUCAGUGCUGCCUGUCAUCCUCUCAUAUAUGGGCUGUGGAAUAAAACUGUAAGGAAGGAGCUGCUUGGCAUGUGCUGUGCCGAACGCCACUACCGGGAGUCGUUUAUUAGUCGCCACAGGAAGUCCCGCCUCUUUAGCAUCUCCAACCGAAUCACAGAUCUCGGUUUGUCUCCGCACCUGACGGCCAUGUUGGCUGGUGGAGGCCAUCUUUUAGGUGCAGGCAGCAGCACAGGAGACACUGGUUUCAGUUUUUCCCACGACUCAGGUACAGAUAUCAUGUUGCUGGAUAACUGUUCUGAAGGGGCAGAAAGCUCACACUACAGUGCUUUAGUCAGCAAGCGCAGGAGUUCAGUGAUGUUUGAGGACCAGGUGGAACAGCAGUCUAAAGCCGGUGAGGAUCAGUCUCAGUGCCUGGUGAAGGCGGAGAUACACGAGGCGAUUGACAGCUUCGCAUCCAGUAUGGCCAAAGCCAUCGAGAGCGACGCCAAACUUCUGUUGUUCGGUACAGAGUCUCUGACGGACAGCGUUUCAUCGUGUCGAUCCGCGCAGAGGAGCUCGCGCUACCCGGAUGGACAGAGGCUCCGUCUGGAGAGCAUCGAUGAGGGAAUUGUUAAUGAUGACAAGGUUGAGAACGAGGAGGAUGAAAUCGAGGAAAUCUGUGCGUAAAUAAAUUUGCACAUGGCCUGAUUUUGGUCUUUAAUGUUUUCAGUUAAGCACAUACUCUGAUUGCGUGUAUAUGGGUACGUGUAUAACACGCAUACAGAGAAGAUGUUGUGAUUUUCAGUACUAAAACUGAGUUUAGCUCUUACUUGCCUGAACACAUUGUCAUCUAAAAGCACAAAAAGUAAGUCACAAAAAUAUUUUCUCAGGAAACGUUCUGGGCAUCAUAUUAUAUUACAUGGGCUAAGUCGUCAAAAAAAUGAGAACCUGCCAUUAAUUAGCAUACUAUCAAUAGCAUUUUGAACAAUUAUUAUUAAUAAGUACUAUUAAUUAAUGACAUUCAAAGGAUAACAAACAUUUUCGAACAAGGCAAUUCAGUUAACACAAAUGAAUGAACUACAUCCCUUCUGUUUAUUAAAAACAUUUGUUCUGUUUAGUUUGUGGGACAGAUUUUACACAAUUGUUCUGGUUUUAACAAGGCUGUUUAAUUUCUUUUAGCCUGCACGAAAACAAGUGUGAUACAGUACCUAUGACAGCUAGCCCCGUUCUCUUUUACUUCGCAUUAUUCAAUAGAAAUGAGCUGUGUAAAGUAGACCAGUAUGUAACGUGUUUGUACAGAUGGAAAAAAAUGAUCUUUUGAAUUGUGUUUAUUACUCUUAAGGUAUGUCUGCUUUCAAAAUACUGUGUAAGACUUUCACGUCGUAUUUACUAAGUCACAGUGUGGCCUGCAUGCUUGUAUACAACCGUGAGUAAUGAUUAGAGUAGAUCUGCCAAAAAUGAUGAACCACUGUCCAUUAAGAGUGCAAAGCUUUGUGUCACUUAUAAAACUACACCGAUACAUAUAGUCUUCUGUUAUAUGCACACAAUCACGAUACUCGCAUUUCAUAUUUCUACAGUGGCAUAGAGUCAAAUAUUUAUAAUGUCCUUUAGUGUUUCAGAUAUGCAGGUUGAGAUUGUAUCAUGUUUUUUAUUUCUAUUUUCAAGGUGUAAACAUUUUGUAUUCUUUUCUUUUUUUUACAAAGCAUUUAAAUUAUUCUUUUAAAAACAUGCAUUAUCAUUAUUUGUCUUUUAUACCGUAACUGUCUUUCUGGAAAAAAAACAGCACUUGUAUUUCCUGUUGGUCGCAGUGGUCGGUGUGUGAAGGUGUUUAAUGAUUAGAGUCUGCUGAACAUCUGUAAGGAUCUCAGCCAACACUGGUUCGGCAUGAGAAGAAGAACGUGCAAACAGGGAAGGACAGAACUUCCUCCGUGUCUUUGCGUAAAACUGUGUAAACCGUUUAUGAAAUUGGAAUAUAUCUUUUACUUUUAGAACCGUUUUAGCUACUUGUUUUUUUGAUUUGUGCAUAAAUCAAGUGCAUUUUUUGGAAUUUAUGACUGCAAAGACAUAUUAAGACAUAUUCUUACAGGAUAAUAGACAAACAUUCACUUUGUUUAUAUGCUCACUAUGCAAAAAUAAGCAAAACAUAUAAAAUAUUUACAAACACCCAAUAAAAAUGACUUUUUGUUGCAA